AUUUUUCCGUUAUAUUUAUGUAAUAAAAUUGAAAAUUAGAAUUCUAUUGCGAUCUCAAAAAAUUUCGUAGUGCGUCGUAUAUGUGUGUGUGUGUGUGUCACGCUUAGGAAAAUAAAUACAAAAAAAAACACAUGUGUCGCUCCUCCAUUCGUAGCAAAAUUGUGUUUUUUUUUACCUUCAACCCUCAAAAUGCCACGUGGUAAUAUGAAUCUAAAAAAAAGUGACUAAAUUCUUAAUAAUUUUAUAUAAACAGUUAAAAUACCGAGAAAUGAAAAUAACGGUUACAAUUGUGUUUCUGUGAAUUGCGACGAAAUUUCUACUUCGUGGAAAAAAAAGAGGAUUCUCUCUUUCUGAGAAAAGUAGCACGUUGGACUUUCUCCCGAAUUGGCAGUAUUUUUCGUUAUAAAUUUAAUCGAUAUUAUUUACUUUUUUUUUUCUUCUUUUAAAACAAACGAAUAAUUAAAUUCCCAUUUUUGAGAAAUUUACAGGCGGAGUGGUUGUUUUUUUUUCUUUUUAUAAUCAAAAUAUAAGAGGAAAUUUUCAUCAUAAACAAAAAAAAAAACGGGGGAUCAAAGAUCAAAGAUCAUCUAUUGAAAUUAUAUGUCCGCGUCCGAUUCACGAGGUGCGGAACCUGAAGAAGGACAGUGAUUCAGUUGCUCGCUGACCGUCCCGGGCUUCUGGUCGCGACUAUUCUUGAUAAUUUUUGGUUUUUUUUUUAUUAUUAUUAUUAUUAUCAGGUAUAUCCUAUUUCUAAACCAGCACAAGUGCGUCUAACUCUUUCUCUUAUUCUCUUUCGUCGUCUGCUUUCCAGUAGACUCGUGGGUUAAGAAAAAAAACAAUAAAUAAAUAAAUAUAUAUAUAUAUAUAUAUAUAAAGGAGAGAUAAAUAGAGGGAAUAAAUUUUCCGGGAAUUAUUUAUUCUCGAAAAACAUUGCCGAAUUUCCAGAAGAAAAGUUAAAUUAAUUACCCGCAUCCAAAAGAAUCCGGAAGUAAGAGUACCAACAUAAGACGCCACCAUGAUCGUGGACGACAAACAGGAAAUGAACGGUUUUUGGAUAAGUGGUGCAAUCCAUGCAAUUAAGGCCUUAUCUUAUGUCUAUGACCUUCUCACUUUUCCCGUUUAUUUGAUUCUACAACGACCAUGGACAAAAAGAAAAGCUUCGAGGCGUAUCAAGGCAAAACCUGUGGCAAAAAGCGAACAUUCAAUCACCUACAGGAGUAUCGAUUCACCAAGAUCGAUACACAUUCACCUCGAGUCACAGAAAAUCGAUACAAUGGAGAAAAUGUUAAAAUUUGUUGCCAAUGAACACAAAGGUAAACGUUGUCUUGGCACACGGCAAAUUCUCGCCGAGGAGGAUGAACUCCAACCAAAUGGACGAGUUUUCAAAAAGUACAAAAUGGGAGAAUAUAAAUGGAAAACAUUUAUGGAAGUGGAAAAAAUGGCAACGUCCUUCAGUCGUGGAUUAAGAGUACUUGGUUUAACGACAAAGAAGAAUAUUGUAAUUUUUGCUGAAACAAGAGCAGAAUGGAUGAUUGCAGCCCACGCAUGUUUUAAACAAAAUCUCAGUGUCGUGACAAUUUAUGCAACAUUAGGUGACGAUGCCAUUGCACAUGGCGUUAAUGAAACUGAAGUUGAUACCGUUAUAACUAGCCAUGAAUUACUGCCAAAGGUCAAACGUAUUCUUGCACGUUUAGCGGAAGUGAAAAAUAUUAUUUACAUGGAAGAUCAACUUAAGCCAACUGAUACUAAUGAUUUUAAGGAGGGCGUGAGACUGAUUCCAUUUUUGGAAGUGAUUAAUACGGGAAAUUCAUCACAAGUGGAAUUGGUAUCGCCAAAAGGCGAUGACACAGCAAUUAUAAUGUAUACUUCCGGUUCAACUGGUGUACCUAAAGGUGUGUUACUUUCGCACAAAAAUAUGAUCUCAACAUUAAAAGCAUUUUGCGAUGCAAUUCAUAUUAGAAAUGAUGAUGUAUUUAUGGGUUAUUUGCCAUUGGCGCAUGUUUUUGAAUUACUUUCCGAAAGUGUUUGUCUAUUGACGGGAGUUGCUAUUGGCUAUAGUUCACCACUUACAAUGAUUGAUUCGAGUAGUAAAAUUCAAAGAGGCUCUAAAGGCGAUGCUUCUGUACUUCAUCCCACUUGUCUUACUGCAGUUCCACUAAUUUUAGAUCGAAUAUCAAAGGGAAUUAAUGAAAAGGUGAAAAAAUCCGGACCCUUUAGACAGGCGAUAUUUAAUUUUGCCUAUGAGUAUAAAUUAAAAUGGACAAGACGUGGAUAUGAUACGCCAUUCUUUGAUAAAUAUAUUUUUGGAGCAGCGAGACAAGUAUUGGGUGGUAAAGUUAGGCUUAUUUUUUCGGGAGGAGCACCAUUGAGUCCCGAUACUCAUAUGCAGGUGAAACUUUGCCUUUGCGUUCAGGUUAUUCAAGGUUAUGGACUCACUGAGACAACAUCGUGUGCAACUGUUAUGGACAUGAAGGACAGAAGUUCCGGUAGAGUGGGAGCACCAAGUACAGUGUGUGACAUUCGUUUGGUUAAUUGGGAGGAAGCCGGCUAUCGAGUAACAGACAUGCCACAUCCACGUGGUGAAAUUCUCAUUGGCGGUGAAAAUGUAUCCGAUGGUUACUAUAAAGUUCCUGACAAAACGAAAGAGGACUUUUUCUAUGAAGACGGACGAAAUUGGUUCCGUAGUGGUGAUAUUGGUGAAGUUCAUCCUGAUGGUUGCAUCAAAAUUAUAGAUCGUAAGAAGGAUUUAGUGAAACUUCAAUUUGGUGAAUAUGUCUCACUUGGAAAAGUUGAGUCCGAAUUGAAAACUUGUCCACUAGUGGAAAAUAUUUGUAUUUAUGGCGAUGCCAGUAAAACUUACACGGUGGCGCUAGUUGUUCCAAAUCCACGUACACUCGAGGAAAUGGCGACAAAAUUAGGUAUCACAUCGACAAAUCUAGAGGAUCUUUGUAAUGAUCCAAGGAUCGAGAAAGCCGUACUUGAGGAGCUUGUUGAGCAGGCCAAGAAAUGUAAAUUACAAAGGUUUGAAAUUCCGGGUGCAGUAAAAUUGUGCGCGGAACAAUGGUCCCCAGAUAUGGGUUUAGUUACAGCAGCAUUCAAAUUAAAACGAAAAGCCGUUGAGGAACGUUAUCAGCAUGAGAUUAGUCGUAUGUAUGCUUCGUGAUGUUGUCGAAUGCACUUAAAAAAAAAUUUGUGAUUCGUUGACUGAGACAAAAAAAAAAAAAAAAAAAAGAUGAAAA